GAAUGGCGGAACUUCGAUUCUGUUGCUGAGUUCCCGAAGAUGCUUCGGAUGUAUCUCCGUGCUAGAGGAGUUCCGGGUCCUGUGAAUGCUCCGGUCCAUACCGUUCCAUCUGAUAGCGAGGAAGAAGACGAAGAGGAGGCCAGCACCAGUCGGAAACGCGUUCGGGAUUGUUCCGAGGUGGACGCCAAGAACAAGGCGUCCACUUCGAAAACUAAAACGGCGAUGAAGGAGACUGUUCCUAAGCCUCUUCCAUAAAUGUUCUCUAACCUUUCCACUCACUUUGAACUCAUAAUGGGCUUCGGCCCUUUUUUAUUUAUGGAAACAUUUGCAACUUUCCUUUCUCUUCAAAUAUUCUCGGAGAUGCGUCUUUUAAUGCAGGAUUGGUUUAAGGGCAUAAAUCUCGCCGCGAAUCACUCCAUUUCCGGGCUGAAUCUGCUGCUUGCUAGGGACAUGAAGUCCCUAUAAAUUACAGCUUCAACUUCCUUUUAUUUCUCACUAUUCUUCUCACUUCUGCAGAUAUGGAUUUUAACCUUCGAUGUUCGGAGUCUAUGUCGGACUUCUCUAGGAUCGGAAUGAUGGACGAAGAUGUUCCAGAUGUUCCAAGUAGACGAUCUUCUCCACUUCGCGGCUUUUUCAGAUCUCAGAUCCGAGCUCCAUGCGCUUUGAUCAAGAACCUUCCAGAUAGAGACCGGGAGAUUGCGAUGGCCUUUAUCAAAGCGCUGGCAUUUCAACACAGGAAGCUAUCGUUAGAAAAGAAAAAACUUCGGAAGAAGAUUCAUCGAAUACAGCGCAGGGUCACUGCGAUAUCAAGGGAUCUUCACAUCCUUAAUUCUCACCCCGGAGAGUGGAUUGAGCUCGGAAUCUCCGAAUUUGCUCGUAUCCCGGAUUGUAUGAUGCCAGUUCUUGAUCUUGCUGGUCAAGGAGUUCAAGUAUUCUGCUCUUCGGGAGGGUUUUCCUAACUCGAAGUGUGCGAAGAUCGACACUUUGUCUUGUUCGUUUGAAUAAAUGUUUUGCUUCCAAUCUCUUGUAUGUUCGCAUAGCCGAACCUUUACUUAAAUACAGAAAUAAAAC